AUGACGCGACCUAUCCAAAUCGCGCUGUAUGGAGGCAAUAAGAAUUUGAAAAAUCUGCCGAUUCUACCACGUCCCAGCUGGCAGCGCUUCACAAAUUCAAUAUUUGAGAAAAUGGCACAGGGUGAUCACGAAGAGGUUUUAAAUGAAUGGGAUGAGCAAAAGGACAUGUUCUUGAAAGCCGCGGAGCAUGUUCAAGCCCACGCCGGAAACCUGGCUAGUGAUCAACUGCUCUACCUUUAUGCCAGAUACAAACAGGCCCUGGACGGACCAUGCAAGCUACCAAGGCCGGCUUUCUAUGACUUUAAGGGCCGCCAGAAAUGGGAUGCCUGGAACCAGUUGGGUGAAAUGACAGCUACCACAGCGAGGGAUGAAUAUGUGGCUUUUGUCUUUCGUCUCUUCCCUGACUGGAGGCCUGAGGAAACAAAGAGUAGCACAAAAUCAAUGCUAGGAGCUGUGGUGAGCCGGCCUUGCUGGGAACCUGGCGUAGCCCCUGAGAAUAAGGAUGCAUUUGACUGGACAAAGGAAGGGUGCUUGGAGAGGCUUGCAGAAUGCCUAAACAAUAACACGUCAGUACAUGAGCGCGAUGCACAGGGUAUGUGUAUGCUACACUGGGCAUGUGACCGUGGCCAUCUGGAGAUAGUUGAGUUGCUUUUGGACAGAGGUGCUGAUCCUGAAGCCAAGGAUGAAGAAGGCCAGACACCCUUGCAUUAUGCAUCAUCAUGCGGACACUUGCAAGUGGCUGAACUACUGCUCAAACGAGGUGCCCAAAGAGACACUAAAGAUGUGGAUGGCCAGACUCCUGCUGAAGUGGCCCUCUCCCCUGAACUAGAGGCACUGCUCUCGCCCUCCUGACCAUAUUCUCCUGAACAGAAGCCUCCAACACAUGUUGAUGUACCUAGAUAAGACUUCCCCUCCAAACUUCAAGCUUCAAACAUGUGUUUUCUUAUAGGUUGUUAGCAGUGUUGCAGAAAAUAAUUUCAGGGUUUACCACAAAAUUAUACUGAAUAAUUGAUGAUUCAGCACACAACUGACACUGAAUAAUUAUUGUUUGGUUUCUUGAUAAAUACUGAGAGGCUGCAAUUUUAGGUGCAUUCUUCGCUGCCCAUGCAACAUUGCUGAUGUCACUGCUCAAUAUUCCAAGCGUAAGGCUAUGAAUGCAGAACAUACUGUGCUUACAUUCAGUUGCCUUUAUGCAACAGCAGCAUCAGGGAAUAGAGUCAUAUGCGCACAAUGCUGCUUCUGAGUGAAUGCUACUUUCACUAAGUAGAAUGUGCACUACAAAAAGCAGUCGCUCUGUUUAAGUACUUGCAACACUGAAGUAUUUCUAACAAUAUCACCAUAUAAACAUCCUCGGCGCAUUCAUGGUACGUAGAAGAGUUCACCUCAAACAGACCGAUAUAGGAUUGGACUUUUAAAAACUGCAAUCAUGCCAAUGCUUCUAAAUUUGAAGCCAUAUCUGUCACUUUAGGAUGAAGUUGUUUGUGGAGCUCAUUAUUUUUUUACUGUGCUGCAUGAAAUUUUGUAGUUGGCUGGUUACCACAGAACUUUCAUGUCACAACAAAAUAAAGAGGAGCUUUUUUCUUUUUUCA